GAAAAAAGAAAAGAGAAAUCUCUAUCAACUUCUUUCCCAAAUAGCUCUGUUCUAUCUCUCGAUCUCAAAUUCUUCUCGAAACUCUAGAUCGAAUCCUGGCGAGACGCCACAGAAAUCUCAGUUCGUGACAUUUUGGUAUUAGAGCCUCGAUCUCGCUGGCGAGGAAGAAGGGUCCAAAUCUUACGGAGAGGAUGGCGGCGGCGGAAACUGAGUUGGGAGAUCUGAGUCAGAAGGUGGUGAAUCUCACAAGCAACCUCAACAACAUCCUGGGAUCACUCACCAAGCUGGAGACAUGGAUUCCGGCGGUUGAUGUGGGAAUUCAAGGUUUGAACAAUGUGGUGGAGGAGAUCUCAGCAAGGGUGACGAAGCUGGAGAGCAUGCUAGCGACGGCGACGUUCGCGGCGGCUCAAACGCCCGUAGGACCCGACAAUGUUGAGAAUCACCAGGGCAACGCAUCCAAAGCCCUUGUGGCUCAUGAGCGAACCCUGGUCAAGGGUAAGUCUCGGUUGCCGAUUUCCCCCGUCAAUUUCGAUUUGGGUGAAGCGUCUGUGCAGAGUCAGUUUAGCAGUCGAUCCAGUAGCCCUAGAUUGCCAAAAACUAAUUUCCCAAGGUUUGAUGGAGAUAACCCAAAACUGUGGAAGAAGAACUCUGAAAAAUACUUUGAUAUGUACCAAGUUCCCUAUGAUAGUUGGGCAAAUUUUGCUACUCUGCACUUUGUGGGUAAUGCUGCACUGUGGUUGCAAACUUAUGAGGCUUUGCAUAGUGUUGAGACUUGGCCUGAACUUUGUGUAGUAGUGCAUAAUAAGUUUGGGAAAGAUAAAUAUCAGGAGCACUUAGAGGAGUUAGAGAGUCUUAGGCAAACCAGUGGGGUUGAUGCAUAUUAUAGCAAAUUUGAGGAGUUGAUGCACAGAGUCUUAGUGUAUAAUCAGGCUUUUGAUGAGACAUAUUUUGUUACCAAAUUUGUGGGUGGCCUUAAAACUGAAAUCAAAGCAGCAAUCAAGCUGCAUAAACCUAGAACUGUUGAUGCGGCUUUGUCUCUUGCUAAAACGCAGGAAGAUUUGGCGUUGGAGAUAAAGAAAGGAGGUCAGAAGUCCACUUAUAAGGAAGGAUUUAAAUCAACAGCUUUCAGGGUAAACUACCAAGGCAAAGGUAUACUGGGACAAGCUCCUGAUGACACCACCAAGACAGAAGAAAAGCCAAAGUGGGAGGAUUGCUUUGAGUCUCUCAAGGCUGCCAGAAAAGCAAAGGGAGAAUGUUUUAAGUGUGGUGAGAAAUGGGGACCAGGUCACAAAUGUCCAAAAUAUGUCCAACUUCAUGUCCUUGAGGAAUUAUUGGAAGUGUUUCAACUUCGUGAGGAUGACGAGGUGUGUCAGAAUGAAGAGGCUGAGAGUAGUGAAGAGGAACUUGUUGUCUCAGAAUGUGUUGUGUCUGGAACUAUGGGAAAGAAGACCAUCAGGUUGCAAGGAUUGAUACAGAAUCAUGAAGUUCUGAUUCUCAUUGAUUCAGGAAGCUCCAACAGUUUCAUUUCUCAACAGUUGGUGGAAAAGUUGGGGUUGGCUGUUACAGAUAUUCCUUUAUCUCAGGUGAUAAUUGCGGAUGGUGGGGUUAUGCAGUGUGAUAAGUUGGCUAUAGGGGUGGAGUGGUGGUGUCAAGGACACAGUUUCACAAAUGACCUUAAGGUUCUGAAACUGGGUGGUUAUGAUAUCAUUUUGGGAAUGGACUGGUUGGAGCAUCAUAGUCCAAUGUGGAUACAUUGGCAGAGGAAAAAGCUUAGGUUUACAUACCAGGGAAAGAGAAUUAAUCUAGUUGGGGUGAAGGAAAAUUUGUCUGAUUGUAAAUCUGUCACUUCCAAGCAGUUGAAAGGAAUGCUUAAGACUGGAGCAGUUUCCCAAGUGGUUCAGUUAUGCUCAAUUGCUGAAGAAAGUUUGGAGACUGAACUACCCCCAACUAUUAGUGCAGUCUUGAAGGAAUUUCAAGAACAGUUCAAGGCACCUUCAGGACUACCACCUCACAGGAGUUUUGACCAUAGCAUACCUUUACUGUCAGGAUCUAAACCAGUCAAUGUUAAACCCUACAGAUAUGCUCCCAAGCAAAAGGAUGAGAUAGAGAGGCAGGUUAAGGAAAUGUUGCUCCAGGGCAUCAUUAAACCCAGCUCAAGCCCAUUUGCUUCUCCUGUGUUGCUGGUGAAAAAGAAGGAUGGGACUUGGAGAUUUUGUGUGGAUUACAGAGGUUUGAACGAUAUUACAGUGAAGAAUAAAUAUCCAAUGCUAGUGGUAGAUGAGUUGCUUGAUGAAUUAUCAGGGGCUCAAUGGUUCACAAAGUUAGACCUCAGAUCGGGUUACCACCAAAUUCGGUUGGUCCAGCAGGAUGAACAUAAAACCACCUUUAAGACUCAUCAAGAAUUGUAUGAAUUCAGAGUAAUGCCUUUCGGAUUGACUAAUGCACCAGCUUCUUUCCAAGGACUCAUGAACACAAUCUUUGACAAAAUGAUCAGAAGGAAUGUGCUGGUAUUUGUGGAUGACAUACUAGUUUACAGUAAAACUCUCGAGGAACAUGUGCAACAUUUGAGGGAAGUCUUUGCAGUUCUGCAGCAACACAAAUUGUUUGUCAAGGCAAGCAAAUGUUCAUUUGCUAAACAACAGUUGGAAUACUUGGGACACAUAAUUGGAGCUCAAGGUGUGGCCACAGAUCCUUCCGAGGUACAUGCUGUUCAAGAUUGGCUAGUUCCAAGGAAUCUCAAACAGCUAAGGGGUUUUUUGGGACUGACAAGCUAUUACAGGAAGUUCAUAAAAAAUUAUGGAAUUAUGACCAGACCCUUAACUGCAUUGCUCAAGAAAGGGGUGCCUUUCAAGUGGGCUGAAUUGCAACAACAGGCAUUUAGUCAAGUUAAGUGGGCUAUGGUUCAAGCACCUGUGUUGGCUUUACCAGAUUUUUCCCAGGAAUUUAUUGUGGAAACUGAUGCUUGUGAUAAAGGAAUUGGGGCUGUGCUACUUCAGAAUGGGCACCCAAUUGCUUAUUUGAGUAAAGCUUUAGGGGUUAAAGCUCAAGCAUUGUUCACUUAUGAGAAAGAGUGUCUUGCAAUAUUGAUGGCAGUUAACAAAUGGAGAGCUUAUUUACAGAACAAUGAAUUUGUUAUACAGACUAACCACAAGAGUCUUACACAUUUGGGGGAACAGAAAUUGACUACUAGCAUGCAACACAAAGCAUUCAUCAAGUUGAUGGGUUUGCAAUAUAAGAUCAGAUAUAAACAAGGGGCAGAAAACAGGGUGGCUGAUGCCUUAUCUAGGAGGGAUGCAGAUGAGGAGUUGUCGGCAAUCUCUGUUGGAAGACCUAAAUGGUUGGAAUCUGUGGUUGAUUGGUAUGAUCAAGAUGAGGAGGCAAAACAGUUGCUGGCUCAACUGAUAAUCAAUCUAGUAGGGGUAGAACAUUUCACCUUGACUAAUGGAGUAAUCAGGUUCUAGGGAAAAAUCUGGCUGGGUAAGUUUGUUGAAGCACAACAUGCAGUACUUCUUGCUAUGCAUGCCAGUGGGCUAGGAGGACAUUCUAGAAUAACAGCCACCUAUAAUAGAAUUAAAAAUCUAUUCUAUUGGCCGGGAAUGAAAAAAGAUGUUUACCAGUAUGUGUCAUCCUGUGACAUCUGUCAGCAAGCCAAACCUGAACAUUGUAAGAGUCCUGGUAAACUACAGCCUUUACCAAUUCCAGAGCAAGCUUGGUCAACCAUUAGCAUGGAUUUUAUUGAAGGUUUACCCAAGUCAGAAGGCUUUGAUACAAUUCUUGUAGUGGUUGACAAGUUCUCAAAAUUUGCUAAGUUUAUACCUCUCAUCCUUUCACAGCACUACAAGUUGCCACAGCUUUUAUCAAGAAUGUUUAUGAUACAUUUGGGAUGCCACAGGUGAUAAUCUCUGAUCGGGACAGAAUUUUCACAAGUGCCUUGUGGCAAGAAUUGUUCAAACUAGCUGAUGUCAAACUCAACAUGAGCUCUUCUUACCACCCUCAAACUGAUGGACAAACUGAACGGCUGAAUCAAUGUUUGGAAGCUUAUCUCCGUUGUAAUGUCCAUUCAUGUCCUAAGCGCAGUGGUCUAAAUGGUUAUCCCAGGCCCAACACUGGUAUAAUACAUCCUUUCACAGUGCUCUGAAGAAAUCUCCCUAUGAAGUGCUCUUUGCAAGGAAGCCAACUCCUUUUGGUCUUAUUGAUGUUGGAAAAAGUACAGUCCCUGAUGUGCAAAUUUGGUUGCAAAACAGAGCUCAUAUGAAUGAGGUUCUACAUCAACAACUGACUAGAGCACAACAGAGGAUGAAACAUCAGGCUGACAAGCAUCGUUCUGAGAGGGUUUUUGCAGUUGGUGACAUGGUUUAUUUGAAACUUCAACCAUAUGUGCAAAUGAUAGUAGCACGAAGGAGUUGUCAAAAACUGUGUUUCAUGUACUUUGGCCCCUACAAGAUUCUGGAACGUAUCGGUGAAGUAGCUUAUCGGCUGGAUCUUCUCCAGAGUAGCCAAAUUCAUCCAUUAGUGCAUGUGUUUUUGCUCAAGAAGGUGAUUCAUUCUGGCAUACAAGUCCAGGCGGAUCUUCCUGAAAACUGUGUUUCUGAAGAAGCUGAGGUGGUUCCAGAAGAAAUACUUAGUCGUCAACUCAUUAAGAGAGGUAAUUCUGCAGUUCCUUACGGGUUAAUUCGCUGGACUGGUUUACCUGCAUCGCUGGCUACAUGGGAGAAUCUGCGUCAACUUCAGCUUCGUUUUCCAGGAGCUCCGGCUUGGGGACAAGCCGUUUCUUAAGUAGGGGGGAUUGUUAUGUAAUUAGCUUACUGUAGCCAUCAGGUUUUGUCACUACUCUGUGUAGGCUUUACUGGGUUAUGUGCUUGUGUAGGCUUGAUGGGUAUUUGGGCCUUGAGCUGUUGUGUGUGUGUGUUUUGCGACGUGCCGUGCUGGGCCGGCGGACGCGUCGCUGAUUGAGUUGCCUUGUACCUUUAAAAAGGAACUCUCUUGUCUGAGAGAGAUAUGAAAAAAGAAAAGAAAAAUCUCUAUCAA